AUGUCGUUCAUCAAUGAUGAUCCUCCAGCCACGUGCUCAAGCUGCGAAAAAUUACCAGACGCCACCACAACGCUCAAUCGCUGCUCGCGUUGCCGCACGGUCGCUUACUGUUCCAAAGCCUGCCAGGCCGCACAUUGGCCUGCUCAUCAGCCAUUUUGCAAGCGUCCCAACUGCAUCCUCGACGUCUGCAUCUGCCCCGGCGAAAUCACCAACCCUGUCGUAAAGCGCACCCUGUCGUGUCCAUCCACCGCGACAUUUCUCGAGCUGCACUACGCGUUGCAGCUCGCCUUCGGUUGGACCGAUACCCACAACUGGGAUUUCUGCGUCAAAGACCCGGCCUUCAAGCCGCGCGCGUUCAACUUGAUGGACCAUAUCAGACGGAGUGGCAUCAGGGAUAGACGUCAGCUGGCUGAGCUGCAAGACGAGGACACCAGCGUCUACGAUGCCCAGAUGGCCGCCGAACCCCGUCAGUUCCUCCUUCGCAUCAAAUCCCUACCGGGAAUGAUCUACCCCCGCACCGAAGCUAUGUUCGGCGAUGAGGCCCAUGCGCACCCGAGAACACGAGAAAAGCCUGCCAAUAAGGUCAAGCUCUGGGAAGUGCUUGACAAGGAGCCCUACAAAGGACAAAAACUCGUCUACACCUAUGAUUUUGGCGAUGGAUGGGAUCACAGCAUCACGAUAGCUGGACGAGAACCGGCUACCUCCGCCUUCACCUGCACUGAUGGCGAGGGAAGGUGCCCCUUUGAGGAUGCGGGUGGUCCGGAACGAUGGCAAGAACUGAAGCGGAACAUUCGCGCCAGGACUUGCACUGAGGACCAGAAGUUCGACAUGCUGAACAGUGGAAUUGACCUGGAUUCGUUCGAUCCGAAUGAGUUCUACGUCUGGUCUGUGGAUCAUGUCAACAAAAGUCUGGCUGACUGGAAGGCUGGACUGAUCGGAUUCAACAGCACACGCUGA